GGCUAGGAGAGAAUGUCGGACCAGCAGGAGGAUGAUAGUUUGGCACAAUGGGAAGAGUUUUUCGAACGCAACAAGAAGGAGGGUAAAGAGUACUUCUUGGUGCAGAACUUUUAUUCGAAAGACAAUUUCCAUUUCAGCGAUUCAAAUACGAAGUGCACAGCCAAAGAUGCAAUGCAGUACGUUUCGCUGCUUGACAAGGAGGACUUUUCUUCCGGUGUCACCUUCAGCAACAACAAGUACACGUUCAUAAAGAAGUUUGAGUACAGCUCGAAAGAGAAUCUACCGCUCUACUUCUUUCUCAGCAAGGAAGAGGUCGUCGGAGAUGACAAAGAGCGUGUCAGUUUGAUUGUGAAGUUCAUCACGGAUGAGGUGAUUUUCAUCGGAAAGUGUCUUAAUAGCAAGAAAACGACAGCGAUAAACUUUGUGGGUAAAAACUACAAUUACUAUUAAAAUUUCUGAGUAUUA